CGCUGAUAUUGCACACCUAGCACCUACUUCUGCAGGUGAAAAAACAGUAAAUGGAGAUGCAAGGUGCUGUAACCAUAGGCCAAGCUACUUGCACACUGUAACGACACCAGAGCUGAGGAUCGUUUCUUGAAAAAGCGCCACACGAACGGUUGUUCAGUUGGACCUCUUCUAACCGCCAUGGGACGAAAGACAGUUCUUCUGAUUUACCUGAUUGCUACAGUGCUGCAUCUCUGGAAAGGCUACACUGCUGUAAUUGACGUCACUACAGUGGUUGAAGACAGUAACUUCGUCAACCAGACCGUCGUGGGUGAUGUUCCGACAGUAUACAACGUGACGUCAGCGAUCAUGUGCUUCUUUUCCUGUCUCAACCUCAAAGGGUGUAAGACGAUAUUUUACAACCAAAAGCUGUCUACGUGCACCCCGUGCCCUCAGCCCUGCACCUACAACGUCACGUGGUCGCCAGGAUACCGUUGCUUCCGGUCCGAAAAAACGCCAAUGUGUCCUCAUCCGACAGACGUCAUGUGGGCAGAACCUACCUUAACUGUUGGUUACUAUGGUGACAAUGUCACGUAUCGCUGCUUGCCGGGAGCUUCUCAGAAUGGGACUGGAACUGGAUUACGAACCUGUGACGGAAAAAUGCAAUGGGUUCUGGCGAAAGGAGCGACUAAUCCAGUCUGUAAUGAUACAUUCCGGAUCGGAGACUGGAUUCGCAUUAAGAGGACUUCAGCAGCGACGCCUCACAUGGCCGGCAAGUCAGUCAUCCAGGGCGCCAUCGGCAUUGUCACCAACACCACCUCUCCUAACCUGCAACUCAGCUUCCCUUGGGCUGGAUGCGGCCUGACACCCAGUGACAAGUUAGAACGUGUGCCGGACACUCAUCCUCUUAUGAAAACAGCUUGUAACAGCACCUUAAAAUGUUCUGCCUACCCCAACACAGUUUGUCACUUCAGCCGCUGUGUGUGUAGUCGCUACUUCAUCUACAGCGAUGUAGAGGGCAGGUGUGUGUAGAGGAUGGGUGCAAAGGACGUCCACAGUGAGUCAGAAGGACGAUUCACACGAGGACAGCUUCUGUGUUUUGACGAAGAGGAAAAUACAUUAUGAUAAAAAUGAUCAGAGACUGCAUUCCCUCAGACGUUGAUGUUCUAGUGGCAAGAAACCAUGAAAUGUUGCUACGUCUUGAAGAUGUACAGAGCUUUGUUGAAUAAUCUAUCGCAGUAUUUUGAAUUAAAAAAA